CCUCAGAGGCGGUCUAAAGGCUUUUUUCCCUCAGUUAUUAAUCAGCUAGCAGCUAAAUCAUCCACCUGCUAUGCAAAUACUCAAGCACACACACGCACACACACGCUACUCACCGUCCUCAUAUACAAAGUUCUAGGAGAUUUGCAUCCAAACCUCACAGCACAGUGCUUCCUGAUGAACUGAACACCUCGUGCAUCAUGAGUUUCUUCGGGAAGACCUCCCGAAGACCUCCAGCUCCUCCCAAGAGAACAGACAACAGCCCUGGAUAUGGCUGGCCAGAAGGGGAAUUUGAUGAGGAAGAUGGAGACACGUAUGAAGCUCCACCAUGUGACCGCCCCACCAUUAAAGUCCAACCGCGCCAAGUAGAGGAGAAUGUUUACCUGGGUUAUCCAGAUCGAACCCCAAACCCUGUCAUUCCCAAAAGACAGGCAGCACCACCACCACGACCAGCCAAGAUCAUCCCGUUUGGGAAAAACACAAAGCCAGAGUCGCCUCAAGACCAAGAGGAGUUUUACAUCGAUCCCAAUGAUGGCAAACCUCCUGAGGUGGUUCGUCAAGAUAAACCUGGUAAAAAAGGCCCACCUAAAAGACCCCCAAUAAAACCCCCACCGGUCCCUCAACAAGAUGAAGAUGUUUACCUGGACCCAAAUGAAGGGCAGGGUGAUGAUGAGGAUGAUACGUAUCUGGAACCUGUAGCAGAUCCUCUUGCUCCUCGAAACCCGAUGCGUAUACCCCUGCCAUCUAUAACUGCAGGACGAGACCCUUCGCAGAUGAUGAUGAAACCGUCUGUUCCCAGACCCAAAUCUAGUUCAUCCCUGAUCAGUGGUGCUGUGAACAAAGUUCUCCCUACAGAAGUGAAACGCCCCUCACUUUCAGGCCCGCUACCUCCACCCACACCAAACAGCAAACCAGUUCUCCCAAUCAUCAUGCCCAAAGAGCCCAAACCCAGUCCCCCUACUCCUCCAUCUCUGGACAGCACAGCUCUCUCUUUUGGAGCAAAGCUGGUCGCACAGGAGGCGGGGCUACAGGACAAAGACUGGUUUGCUGGAGAUUGUGACCGUAAGACUGCUGAGGAAACUGUGCUCCGGAUGAACAAGGACGGCACGUUUCUUGUCAGAUUCAGUAAUUCUCAGAACUCUCAGCCGUACACGCUGGUGGUGCUUUACCAUCAGAAUGUUUACAACAUCCCGGUGCGCUUUCUGGAGGAUUCACAGCAGUAUGUGCUGGGCAAAGGGGGCAAGAAGAGUGAAGAGCUCUUCAGCAGUUUGCAGGAGAUGAUCUCUCAUCACAUGAUGAACCCAAUCCUGCUGAUCGACCGCAAGAGUCAAGCCAAACACAGCACUCAUCUCUUACACCCCACACGGCCCUAACACACCUGACACAGAUAUUACACACUCAAACACUUAUCCUGCUUAAAUUAUUUAUAAUAUUAUGUGUGUAAUGCAGUGGAACAGCUUGUUGUGUGUUCAGUUAAUUUUAUGUUGGUGGAUUGUUUUGAUUAUGUAGUGUUCAUUGGUGUAUUAUAGUCUAAAUAAAGGAUUAAACAAUGUCA